UGAAACAAUUCAGCCUGGAAAUCACUCAUACAAGUUCCUAAGUGAAUGAGAGAAAAGAAUAUGGUUAAUCUUCGCUUCUUUUAUUCACUUCUCUUAUUCCAUCUUCUGCUUUUAAAGUCUGACCAUUGCAAUGCUGUGAAGGAUUUGAAAGAAGCACACCCCAGCGCUAACAUUCAUAAUAGUUAUGAUGAGGCGGAGAAAACGAGUCCUUCAUCGUCCACUUACAUUUCCCGUCUUGAAAGUAUGUACAAGCCAGGUUAUAUGGUGGAUGAUACAGAGCAAAAGAAGUCUUCUCCUGCUUCUCGUAUUGCACACCUCGAAAGCAAAUACAAACCAGGUUACAUAAUUGAUGAAGCAGAGGACAAGAGUUCUUCUCAAUCUUCUUAUAUUUCCCGCCUUGAAAGUGCAUACAAGCCGGGUUAUGGAGUGGCUAAUGCAGAGGAAAAGAUGUCUUCUCCUUCCUCUAGUAUUGCACGCCUUGAAAGCAAAUACAAACCAGGUUACAUCAUGGAUGAAGCGGAGGACAAGAGAUCUUCUCAGUCUUCUUACAUUUCCCGCCUUGAAAGUACAUACAAGCCGGGUUAUGGAGUGGAUGAUGCAGAGCAAAAGAAGUCUUCUCCUUCCUCACGUAUUGCACGCCUUGAAAGCAAAUACAAACCAGGCUACAUAAUGGAUGAAGCAGAGGACAAGAGAUUUUCUCAGUCUUCUUACAUUUCCCGCCUUGAAAGUACAUACAAGCCGGGUUAUGGAGUGGAUGAUGCAGAGCAAAAGAAGUCUUCUCCUUCCUCUCGUAUUGCACGCCUUGAAAGCAAAUACAAACCAGGUUACAUAAUGGACGAAACAGAGGACAAGAGAUCUUCCCGGUCUUCUUACAUUUCCCGCCUUGAAAGUACGUACAAGCCGGGUUAUGGAGUGGAUAAUGCAGGGCAAAAGAAGUCUUCUCCUUCCUUUAGUAUUGCACGCCUUGAAAGAAAAUACAAACCAGGUUACAUCAUGGAUGAAGCAGAGGACAAGAGAUCUUCUCAGUCUUCUUACAUUUCCCGCCUUGAAAGUACAUACAAGCCGGGUUAUGGAGUGGAUGAUGCAGAGCAAAAGAAGUCUUCUCCUUCCUCUCGUAUUGCACGCCUUGAAAGCAAAUACGAGUCGGCUUACGGAGUGGAUGAUGCAGAGGAAAAGAAGUCUUCUCUUUCAUCUCGAAUUGCACGCCUUGAAAGCAAAUACGAGUCGGCUUACGGAGUGGAUGAUGCAGAGGAAAAGAAGUCUUCUCUUUCAUCUCGUAUUGCACGCCUUGAAAGCAAAUACGAGUCGGCUUACGGAGUGGAUGAUGCAGAGGAAAAGAAGCCUUCUCUUUCAUCUCGUAUUGCACGCCUUGAAAGUAAAUACAAACCAGGUUACAUCAUGGAUGAAGCAGAGGACAAGAGAUCUUCUCAGUCUUCUUACAUUUCCCUCCUUGAAAGUACAUACAAGCCGAGCUAUGGAGUGGAUGAUGCAGAGGAAAAGAAGUAUUCUCCUAUAGCAAGCCUUGAAAGCAAGUAUAAGCCCGAUUAUGGAAUUGACAAAGAUGAGAAUAUAAAUUCCUCUACGAGCGACGAAGAUGAUGACAUUGGAAGCGAAGACGUAGGAGUGUUCACCAUAGAGGACAUACGUACUUUCAAUGUAGGAAGGAAACUGAGCACUUUCUUUUCCAUCAGGAACCACUCUCUUUAUCCUGGUUUCUUACCAAAAGAAGUAGCCGAUUCCUUCCCAUUUUCCUCAUCAGAAGUUCCCAAAAUUCUCCAAUUCUUUUCAAUUUCACCACUCUCACCGAAAGCCAAAGCUGUUAAAGAUACAGCCAGGAAAUGUGAAAUCGAACCUGCCAUAGGGGAGACCAAAAUCUGCGCUACCUCUUCAGAAUCCAUGCUUGAAUUUGUGAGAAAUGCUUUCAGACCCGAGGUCGAUUUCGAGCUAGUAAGCACAAACCACCCCACGAUGACCACCCCAAUAUUACAGAGUUACACAAUCAUGGAACGUCCUCGAGAGAUAGAAUCUCCAAAGAAAGUGGCAUGUCAUCCCCUCCCAUACCUUUACGCGGUCUACAUGUGCCAUUACGAUGCCUUUGAGACCAAGAUUUUCAAAGUUGCACUCGCUGGUGAAAAUGGCGACAAAGUGGAUGCUCUCAUUGUUUGCCAUAUGGAUACUUCGACUUGGAGCCCUAAACAUGCCGCGUUUAGCUUGCUUGGAACAAAGCCUGGGAUCCCUGUGUGCCAUACUUUUUCAGAAGGUCAUGGUGUUUGGAUUCAGUCCUCCGCUGCUGCUUCAAUUUAAGAUGUUCUCAGACUUGUCUUGCUUCUGCCAUCACAUUCACAGCUCAAAUCACCAUUGUGUUUGUAGUUUUUAAUAGCCGUUUCCAUGUAAUAAAUUGAAGGAUGUGAGGCUAGAACUUGUUACUAUGCUUUUAGCACUUUUAGUUUCCAAGUGACUCCAUCACCAUUGUGUUUGUAGUUUUUAAUAGCCUUUUCCAUGUAAUAAAUUGAAGAAUAUAAGGCUACUUUUAACA